UUACUCUGAUUCUCACAAUUUACAUGACAAAACCUCAUACCAACUACGUUUUCUCUUUUCCCUCAUAUCUUAUCUAUUGUCUCCUGCUUUCAUUUCUAAUUUUUGUUUUUCUUAUUUUACAACUCUUUUCGAUGAAUGGAUAAAUGUAUAAAUGAAUUCCAUGAUUGUCAUUGUGAAACCAUUUUUAUUUGAUGAGAAGAAAUCAAAGAGCUUUUCUUUACUGGUUUGAGUGCUCCAAAUACUUAUUCCUCAAAGCGAAGUUUAUUGUAUUGGGAUGGAAGUCUCUGGGCAGAAUGUUGUGAAGUGUGAUGAAGAGAAAGCAUUGAAGUGCUUGCUUGAUGCAUUUGGUUCUGCGUUUUCUCUUGAAGAGAUAGCUUCUGCGUAUUGCAAGGCGAGCCGGAAUGCUGAUUUGGCUGGGGAAAUUUUGUUUGAAAUGCAGGGAAGCUCCACAGGAUCAUCUUCAACCCUUGAUUCAUCCAAUGCAGAUGUCAGGACUGAAGGAUCUUCUGAAUCAUCAGAUGGGUAUUCCAUUGAGAAUUCAUUCCAAGAAAGGAAAACUUCAAGGCCCAAAGUUCGUCCAGUUUCGGCUGGUACUGUUUCAAGCAUUAUUGGCAAGAAUUAUGUUAGACCUGCUCCAUCAGCAAACGGGUCUUCUCGGACGACGAAACCAACUAAGUUGGAUGCAAAGUCGCUGCCAAUGACCGGAAUCUGGCGUGAAAAAAAUAAGCCAGAUGUUUCGAGUUCGAAGCAUGAUCAGCUUCACCAGGACAUGGAAGAUUUCUUAUUUAAAAUGCUUGGAGAUGGCUUUCAGCUUGACAGAAAUAUGAUUCGGCAAGUUCUUGAUACUUGCGGGUACGAUAUUCAGAAGAGCUUGGUGAAGCUACUAGAUCAAUCGAAUAUGGCUUCAGGCAAAAGGAAAGCUGUUGUUGGUGACUCAGCUGGUGGAUUUACAGAUAUCAAACCAAAAUCUGAAGUGCCUUCUUCUGAAAGAAAGUCUCAGGAUUUAAAUUAUCCCAGAGGUGGUAAGAGCAUAGGUUCGACUAAAGGAACAGAAUUACAUCAACAACAAAAACAAAAACAUGACCUUCAGAAAGAAGUAUUGUCUUCUUUGUUUAAUUAUCAAGGGCAUUCUGAAGUAGAGGAGGCUCCUAAAAGAAUUGUGAAAGAUUUGAAUAUGAAAUCUAAAUUCGGGCGUGUGGUUUUUGAACCUCCCAAAGACUUCCUGGAAGAACUCGAUGUCGACAUGGACUUCUCCCCACCAGAAAAUAUAGCCGAUCCAGAGGACGAGGAAGAGUAUAAGAAUGUGCGUAAAGCUGUGAAGGAAUACCGAGUGGCAAUGAGUGAAUAUUAUAAAGCAGCAGUUGAGGCAUUUGCAAAGGGGGAUCAAAUCAAAGCAGAAAAAAUGUUAGAACAGGGACAGUUUUUUCUUAGCAAGGCUCACGAAGCUAAUGAAGAAUCUAACAAAAUUAUUCUUGAAACCAGCAAUAAUGAAGCAGAAGAAAUGGUGCUUGACUUACGUGACCAUGGUUCAAACGAGGCUUUAAGACUACUCAAGUGUCACCUUUCUUCUUUAUCUGGCAUUCCAUCAUUCGAGUACCUUAAGGUUAUGGUUGAUGCAAAUGAUAAAGAUAAUCCUAAAGGGUCUCGCAGAAGACUACGGGUAUUAAAACUAUUAGAACAGGAAUCUAUACCAUGGGUGGAAGGAGACACUGCAGAAACAAUACUGAUCCGCUUGGCUAACAUAGAGCGUAAGAGUUUGAGUUUUGUAAAAACAUAGGAUCACUUGUGACUCGCCGCCAUCACAGAGUGCAGUUAGUUAAUUCAUUGGUGAUGAAACUUGGCAUUAGGGUCGUGAUUUGUGUUGGUUUGUUGCCAUAGUUUUCAUCAGAUUUUUGUAACAUUUCAUCAAUUUUUCUUCCCUUAAUGCAUGCUACUACUUUUCCAGA